CACCCUUGUUAUUCAUGUUGAUGAUCCAUGCUGCUCUUUUUCAUGCUCUUUUCUCGUUCCGAGGGGCCAGCUGAUGAUGACCUCCGACACAGUGGGAGAAGAAUGUGUCGAGCAGCUCUGUGGAGUGGAAUGUGGCUAAGCUGUGAGGAGAAGUUGUUUGGAUUCUUGUGACCGAGUGACUCGGGAGACUAUUGCUGGCUUUUUCUGAACCACGCUUUAUCUUGCUUUAUUCACGGAAGGCCAAGUCAGCUCACGUGAGUAAGACUGGGUAAACAUUUACUUAGUUAACGCCUCUGAAAGCACUAAAAUGAGCUCUCACUGUAAAAACCUGCAGAUGUACAGUAGACUUACUUCAGAUAUCUAAGCGCACCAUGGAUUCGCCGCAGAACUCCGAUCAGAUCAUGUGGGGACUGAACACUCGUUUGAAAGGCUUUCUGGACCAGGUGAACAGGCUGCAGGAGACCAACAAGCAGCUGGAGGCUCGCAUAGUCGAAGCGGGCAUGAGAAACGCGUCUUGUUCUCGGGGCUGGUCCGAGCAGGAAAACGCUGUGAAAGAACUGCGCGCUCAGGUUGGUCAACUGCUGAUGGAGAAUGCCCAGUUGGCCUUACAGUCUGACAACAUGAAGUCCAGAGCUGCAGCCAUCCAGGCCAGAUGUGAGACGGAGGAGUGUAACACCAGGCUUCUGGAGCAGCAGGUGGCCGUGCUGAGGGAGUCUAAGAAGACCACUGAGAAGAAGUGCAUGAUACUGCAGACUGACAUCGACAACUCCGUGACAGAGCUGCAGGAUGUGCACCAACAAUACCAGGCUGCUCGGGUGCUGCAGCUGCGGCGGGCCGCCUCAUGUGAUGCUCUGUUAGCCAGGACCACGCAGGAGGAGGAUGGCGCAGCGAUGGAGCUCCCCAGACUCCUCGACCGAAUCAAGUCUCGGUGCAACCGGGACGGCUUCCCCCAGGAUGAGAGAAAACUCAGCCGGGGCUCGCGUUCGGUUCCCGGCUUUGCCGGGGUAAGCCGAUCCGAAGCCGGAGCGACUGCAGCAUCAACAAGAAUGACACUCAGUGAGGAGGAAGCGGCAUGGGCCCAGAUUAACCUGGGCAGCAAUGCUCUGAGGGAGGCACGGGCUGAGCUGGCUGAGGCCCGGAGGCAGUGGCUCUCCCUUCAGGUGGAGAUGGAGACCCUGUAUGCCUUGGAGAAAGGCCUGGAAAACUCUCUGCAGCAGAGCCAGCAGCUGUACUCCACCCAGCUGCAGGAACUUGCCCAGGUGAUCACUGGGCUGGAGAGCGAGCUGGAGCAGGUGAGGAGCGGACUGGCCACCCAGCGCCAAUGCCACAGCCAGAUGCUAAACACCAAGAUAAGACUGGAACGAGAGAUUUCCACUUACAGAAGACUGCUGGAAGGGGAAGAAGGCAGGUACACAGGCCGCACCAGGCAGCCGAUGAGUCUACAGCCCUGGAGCUCAUCUUUGGCAGAGUCUAAGGAAAACGGGCUGGAGACAAGUUUUAGUGACGCCACAAUCACCCCAGAUGAACCAAAGUCAGAGCCACUGCCUGAAACUACUUCAAUUCUACCAGGAUGCCACAAAUCAAAGGACGGUUCAACACUCCAACGGCCACAAAGCCUUGUCAUACUCACAGAGCCGGAGCAAGACAGGGAAUUAGCGAUUUCCACUGUGAAAACUCAGGAGGUUCUCCAAGGUAACGUGGUGCAGGAAAGUGCAGAGGGCCACGGCACUGUCGAGACGGAAAACAUUGACAGGGUCAUCAAGCAGUGGGAGAGCUCUUUCUUCAGGGGGAAUCCCAACCUCCGAAGGAAGUCCGUGUCCCUGCGCUUCGACCUGCACAUGGCAGCGGCAGACUUGGGCUGUGCUCAGACCAAACAAGACAGCCUCCCCGACGUCGAAGUGCGUCUCAUCAUGAAAAGAUCCCGCAGCGCCGCAACCACACCCUAACUGCUGAUUGGUACGGCGCCCGACGACCGCAUCUCCUGCCUUGUCUGAUGUUUUCAUAGGCUGGAUUCCGAAAUUGUGACAUUGACGCUGAAAAUGAAGGUUGGAUGUGAUUUCUUUCCACAAAACUUCACUCACGUUGGAAUAGCAUGAGCCAUACCUUUUUUUUGGGGGCUAAUAUUUAAAGCUUCAUACACCCCAGUGACUUCUAGCAAGUUCGAUUUUUGACCACUCCUCUUAAAGGGGAACAUUAUCACAAUUUCAGAAUGGUUAAAACAAUUAAAAAUCAGUUCCCAGUGGCUUAUUAUAUUUUUCGAUGUUUUUUUCAAAAUUUUACCCAUCACGCAAUAUCCCUAAAAAAAGCUUCAAAGUGCCUAAAUUUUAACCAUCGUUAUAAACACCCGUCCAUUUUCCUGUGACGUCACAUAGUGAAGCCAACAAAAACAUUCAUGGCAGAAAGAACAGCAAGCUAUAGCGACAUUAGCUCGGAUUCAGACUCGGAUUUCAGCGGCUUAAGCGAUUCAACAGAUUACGCAUGUAUUGAAACGGAUGGUUGUAGUGUGGAGGCAGGUAGCGAAAACGAAAUUGAAGAAGAAACUGAAGCUAUUGAGCCAUAUCGGUUUGAACCGUAUGCAAGCGAAACCGACGAAAACGACACGACAGCCAGCGACACGGGAGAAAGCGAGGACGAAUUCGGCGACCGCCUUCUAACCAACGAUUGGUAUGUGUUUGUUUGGCAUUAAA